AUGAAUUAAUUGAACGACCAAAGCCACAAUCCAUUUUUCUCUAUAUUAGGCAGUGCUAUCUCCUAAUGUCCGAACUAUGAUUCAAAGAUGAAUUAUCUUUUGGAGUCAAGAAAAAUAUUUUUAUUUAAUUAAGUCUUACAACAACAAAUAGAGUUUAUCAAAGAUUAGAAUAGUUAAUUGGAUAAACAAUGUAUUUAGCCUCAAAAGAAAUAGAGAAGAAAAGCUACACAAAUUUCUAAAUUAUAUAAAUGUACUUAAUGUGAAAAGUCAUAUGGUUCAGAAGCUUCUUUAAAUCUCCACAGUAAACUAAAACAUCCAACAAUUGAAUCAGAGUCGAAAACAUAGAUUGAACAAAGUUUUUAAAUUUGA